AUGGAAAUUACUCUGCAUGGUGUUAUUCGCUUGUUUGUAUGGCUAGUAUCAUUGGGGGGAUUCUCCUACCAGGCCCUGACGAUGCUCGAGAUGUAUUUCAAGUACCCCUUCUCUGUUACUGUGGUUGAGCAGCUCCAGAGUGGAAUCCUCUUCCCCGCAGUCACGAUAUGCUCCGAAAACUGGAUCAAUCGAACCAGACUGUGCGAGGCAUCUCCUGAACAUUGUUCGGCGGAUUUCUCCGCUAAUGUAGGAAGUCACUACAAGAUCGAAUACGAUUUCGAUCUCCAGAACGAUGUGGCUCUCAAACCCCAAGAGACCCUCGAGUGUUAUAUGAGAUCGAAUGACCCGACUUGUUUAGCUUUCACCUGUUUCGGAGCUGUACGACGUUCCUACUACCGUCAUCCAGGACACAUGUGUUAUACGUUCGACCUUCUAUUGACCGAUGAACGUCGCGACUCUUACUUGGCGUGCAAGUCUCCCUGGACCUGGGAACUGACUCUCAACGUCAUCUGGAGCGCGGAGAAGACCAUGGCACUUCAGAACGAUCAGAGCUUCCCCGUGAUCGUCCACAGACCCGAAACGACGCCCCCCGAUAAACUCUCCUCGCUCAUAGCCGAAGCCGGUAUGUCCUACGUCCUGUCGGUGACACAACAGGCAACUAAGAGAUUGCCACCCCCCUACGCCUCGGCCUGUACGGACUACAUCAAAGAAGGCAUCGCGCUCGAAAUGGGCGGCUAUCAAAGUCAAGACACCUGUUUGCAAAAGUGUCGAAUGUCCCUAGAGAGCCGCUUCUGUGGCUGCGUGAGCCCCCUCUACGAAUAUUCAGCCUUCUUCGGGAAAGACCCGUGUCCACCGGACAGGGAUGAGAAGUGCCAGACUGAACUCGAGCAGAACAGGACCUACUCGAAAUGCCACAAAAUAUGCAGAGCGCCUUGCGAAGAGACGAAUUACGACGUACGUCUGACGGGCAUGUCAGUCAUACCGGAGGGAACAAACGUCGGAUUCGAGCGCUUCUUCAUCAAAGUGAAGUUUUCUUCGGACACGCAGAAAACCUUCCUCUAUCAACCAAAGCUCUCGAUUGUAGAAGUAUUCGGCUACAUGGGAGGUUAUCUCGGAAUGUGGCUCGGAUUCUCUCUAUUCUCGAUACUUUCCGGUCUUGAGGACAAAUUCCACCAGUUCCUAUUACGGCGGUCGGAGAUACUACGCGGAAUCACUGUACCGAUGACGGCGAACGGAACCUUCAAGCGAGAUCCCGAGAUCAAACCUGAGAUCGAAGGUUACAACGACUCGGUGAGGCGGAGAUUCAUGGUCAGAGAGUGGGAUGCGGAUACGCUGAGAAUUCUGGACCCGUUCGUACUCGCGUACGCAUCGUUGUUCUUCAAGAGCAAACACGAUGGAUGA